CUCGUCACAUGUUCGACACUCAAGUAGAAAACUAAGAGCAGUACAGUGCCAACCGAGCCCGAUCGAACGCUGAGCAACCGUUAGAAAGACCAUCGACUGCAACUCACCAACAGUUAGAACAGCCCACACUCCCCCGCGAACCGAAUUCAGCGCUAAACAGCCAGGUGCAAGUGCAACUUUUGUCAGCCCUUUUUGCUGUCAAAUCAAACCGAAAAACCGAAAACCACAUUCUCGAAGCUUUUCGGCAAGCUUCCGCCAACUGAUUGAAACGCGUGGUCCGAAAAGCGAAGAAAAUAAGCGAAAAGCAAGCGAAAAGAAGUGAAAUUGAAAUCUAAAAUCAAAAAUCGAAAAGUUUGGGAGUUCCGCGUGUGUUUGUGUGUGAGUGAGUGUUUCGCAGUGUGUGUGUGUGUGCGUGAGAUCGUGAGCAGUGCAACGGUAUAGUUGAGAAACCAAAAGUAACGGCAGUCGAGCAAGAGCAAUUAGGGUGCCACUUGUCAGAAUUCGAGCGAAAGGAGAACCGAAAGUUUUGGUUUGUGUUACUUUGCCAUAGUAAUCCAAAAUCAAAACCCAAUACCGAAUAUACCGAUCGCCAUCCUGGCACGCCCGUUAAAUUUUGUGUGAGGGCGAUCUGCCAGCGGUUCGCCGGAACGUUCAACUCCACCCACACCCUGCUGCCCGUCGUCGAUAGCAUACCGAUAGCGAUAGCCGAUGCCCGAUACCCGAUGCCGAUAGACCACGAUAGCCGCUUCUCCGAGAGACAAUUCAGCAAAGACCGUGUCGACAGGACUCUGAGCGGCCUUCUCCCUUCCAGUGAGCGCCAGUACUAAAGCCCUACCGCGCGGAUUUUGGAUUAUCAGUGACUAGGCACGACCUGUCCGAAGUGUUCAGGCCAACCAAAAGGGGUAGCAAACGCGAGGACAGCAAUAUCGCCGAAAGAAAAAGACGCAGUUGAGAAAAAAGUGUUAGCAAGUGGGAAACAACAUUAAUGAAUUUCGUGAUUAAAAACAUUUCAAAAGGUGUACAACAAAAGCUCAUUUAACACAUAUAAAAAUAAAAAAGAACGCAAGCGAAAUAUACAAAAUAUAAAAUCGCGGCGCGCCAACAACAAAACGUGGCACAAACUAAAAACACAAAACAAAAAGCUCAACGAAAACGAGAGCGAAUGCGAGUGCGCGCGCGCGAGUGAGAUAGCAGUUAAUAGAGGAGAGAGCGGUAGGCAAGAGAGCGACAACAACAAAACACAAGCGCAAGCAGAAGCCAAAAGCCAAUUGCGCACGGAACGUAGAAGAAGAGAGAACUAACGGAACUCUAGAAGCGCAGCACGGAUAACGGUUGAAAAGGGCCGAACAGCCAGAAUCGAAGCAGGGAAAAUGGUAAACAAGGUGAAUAGCAAGAAGGCGGACAAGGACAAGGAGAGGCAGCGAGAGGCAAUGUUGCCGGCGGCGGGCAACAACAGCAGCAGCAACAUCGAGAACAGCAGCAACCUGAGCAACAUAAACAGUCAAAAGCCCAUCAACAAAACAGUCAAUAACAAAGGUCAGAAUGUCAAGUCAAAUGGCAGCAACAAAAAGGGUGCGGGCAAAGGACAACAGCAGCAACAACAACAGCAGCCGCAGCAACAGCAACGCAGCGGCAAGAAAGCCAAGCCACAGCGUCAACAGAUUUUCCUGCAAUCGCUGCCACGCGACAGCAGCAACUACAGGAGCAACACUUACAGGAGCAACAUCGUUUUAAGCACCAACAGUAGCAGCAACAGCAACAAAAGUAGUAGCAACAACAGUAGCAAUAGUAACAGCAGCAGCAGCAGCAGCAACAGUGACAACAUCUUGGACACACCGGCAACCCUGGACAGCACAGUGGGCAAAAUCAACCCCGCCGAGCUGCUAACAGCCGCCUUGGCUGUGCCCUGUGCCAAAUGCUCUAAGCCAUCGAUGAUCUCCAGUCUGACCACCGCCGUAACCUCCUCCACAUCCUCCGCCUCCACCUCCUCGGCAUCCGCCUUGUCCUCCUCCUCCUCGUCGUCGUCGUCGUCAACCAGUUCCGGAUCGGAGACCGCCAGCAACUACAGCGAUCUCAACUAUCCGGAACCGGUUGCCUACUCCGGCAAGCAGUACCGCAAGUCCAAAUCCUACAUGGGUGUAUCCCAGUACAAUGGCUCAUCGAACACCUAUCAAUCGGGUCGGGGGCCCAAUACCGCUGGCGGUGGUAAUCAUGGCCACCAUGUGGCCUACAGGCGCUCCCACAGCGAUCGGCGCAACUCGUUCGAUCGCACCUUCGCCGAAAGGAAUCGCGACUUUGUGCCCAUCGUGCCGCCGUCGCGUCCGGUCCUGUCGUCGUCCAACAUCGCCGGAGUCAUGGCCAGUUCCACCAAGCUGACGAUCAUAGAGCGGUUCGGCAAAGGUCGUGUCGCGUAUCCCAUAAUGCAGUGCGGGACACUAGACGGUGCCGAACCGUUGUAUCAUCAGCAGCGCAGCAACAGAAUGGACGUCUACCAGAUCGACGAUGGCUUCCACUCGGACGGCGGCACCGAGACACCGCCGCCGUCGCCCAGUUCCGGGUCAUCGAUCGCCUCGACAUCGGACCACGGAUCGCUGGAGAGCGUCGACACCGGCGGGACGCAGCGGCUGGCCGUGCUGUCGUUCGAGCAGGUGAGCAAGCUGCACGACGUCAUGGACGAGAAGGUGGCCAUCCAUGGGCGCGGCAACUUUCCCACGCUGGAGGUGACGCUCAAGGAUCUGGUCAAUCUGGUGCGCCGGAAGCUGGAGGCCGAGGUGAACGCCGGCGGCGCCGGGGUGUUAGUUAAGGACAUCCGUCUCAACGGCGGGGCAGCUAGUCAUGUUUUAGCCAGCGAGGAUCAGCCGUACAAUGACCUGGACCUGAUAUUCGCCAUCGAGCUGAGUUCGCCGCGCGUCUUCGAUCGCGUCAAGUUGGCGGUGCUCAACACUUUGCUGGAUCUGAUGCCCGAGGGCGUCUGCAAGCGCCGCAUCUACACGUGCUCCCUGAAGGAGGCCUAUGUGGGCAAGAUGGUGAAGGUGAACAACAACAAUGACGGCGAUCGCUGGUCGCUCAUCUCGCUGGGCAACUCGCCGGGACACAAGAAUGUGGAGCUGAAGUUUGUCGAUUCGAUGAGGCGACAGUUCGAGUUCUCGGUGGACUCGUUCCAGAUUGUGCUCGACUCGCUGCUGCUCUUCUACGACUGCGCCGCGCUGCCCAUCUCGGAGAACUUCUAUCCGACGGUGGUCGGCGAGUCGGUCUACGGCGACUUCCAGGAGGCACUCUACCACUUGCAAAAGAAACUGAUCUCAACGCGUCAGCCGGAGGAGAUACGAGGCGGCGGCCUGCUCAAGUACUGCAAUCUACUGGUGCGCAACUACAAGGCCGUCGACUCGCAGCUCAUCAAGACCCUGGAGCGUUACAUGUGCUCGCGAUUCUUCAUCGAUUUCCCGGACAUCAAUACGCAGACCACCAAGCUGGAGGCCUAUUUGCGUAACCAUUUCUGGGGCGUCGAUGAGGAACCGCUGCAGUAUCAGUACCUGAUGCAUUUACGCGAGGUGGUCGAGAUGUCGACGGUCUGUCUGAUGGGCCACGAGCGGCGCCAGACGCUCCACCUUAUCCAGUCGCUGGCCGCCCAGGUGCUCUUCAACAAGCAGGAGAAGCAACAGCAGGAGCAGUACCAACAGCAACAGCAGCAGCAUCAUCAUCAUCAUCAGCAGCAGCAGCAGCAGCAGCAGCAGCAGCAACAGCAACACCAGCAGCAUCAGCAGCAGCAACACCAGCAGCAACGUCAGCAACAGUUCCUGGACCCAGCGCAGCAGCAACAGCAGCAGCAGCAGACACAGACGCAACAGCAACAGCCGCAGCCGGCGGCCACCCUGACCCUGGUCUCGCAGGCACCGCCCACGGGCCAGGCGCAGGCAAUCUAUGUGCAACAGGCCGCCCCAGCCGCCGUGUGCUGCACGAGCAGCGCGGAUCAGACGGCGACAGGAGCACCACAGGCCAUACAGAUACAGACCGGACCGCCGGGACUCAUCUACGCCAACGGCGUCUACUAUGCACCUGUGAUCCCCAGCACCAUCUGCACGUGCAACUCCACCUGGCUGAGCACGUGAUUGGGGCAGCAAGAGCAGCCUCAGCAGCCUCAG